UAGUAAGCCCCUUCACUCACAUAAGAGAGAGAGAGAGAGAGAGAGAGAGAGAGAGAGAGAGAGAGAGAGAGCAAACAUCAUUACUUACAACUCGUAAAAGCAAAUAUCAAAAUAAAAGAGCCUAAAGAUGAUGAAGGGAAGCAAGUCUUACACGGAGUAUUCGUCCUCUUUCUCAACUGAUGAAUUCGGUUACGAUCAGAAUCGCUCAAACUCCUAUAGCUUCAAUGGUCCUUGCAUCAACACAGAUCCUGAGAUAAAGAGGAAGAAGAGGGUCGCUUCUUAUAACCUCUUUGCCACGGAGGAAAAGCUCAAAAGCACUCUCAAGAAUGGUUUUAAGUGGAUCAAGAACAAAUUUUCUGGCGAUGAUAAUAGUAUCCGAUACAACGUCUAAGAUUAGUCCACUUAUCUUCUGAUCUUUCUUCUUUUUCUUCACUUUUAAUUACAAUAAGAGCAUAGAUAAAUUAGUAUGUAAAUUGAGUGCGCUAGAAUAUGUAUGUAUGUAUGUGUGAGAGUGUAUUUCCAAAUUUGUAUGGAUUGUGUUACUCAUAUGGAAAAUGCCGAUGUUAUGUUCUCGAUUUGCCAGUUUGGGUACCAGAA